AUGGAGGUGCUGCACCCAGCCAUGUACACCUGCACAGCUGUGCUACUGCUCUGCCUCUUCACCACCAUCAUCACCUACAUCGUCCACCACGGCACCAUCCUCAUCCCGCGGAAGGGUUGGCACAUGCUGCUUAACCUCUGCUUCCACAUCGCCAUGACAGCUGCCGUGUUCGCGGGAGGCAUCACCCUCACCGGCUACCGGAUCGUGUGCCAGGCGGUUGGCAUCAUCUUGCACUACUCCUCCCUCUCCACCCUGCUCUGGAUGGCGGUGAAAGCCCGAGUGCUCUACAAGGAGGUGACCUGGAAGGUGCCGCGGCCACCGGACGGGGACACGUCCCAGCCAGCCCCCAGACCCAUGCUGCGGUUCUACCUGAUCGCCGGUGGGAUCCCCCUCAUCAUCUGUGGGAUCACAGCAGCCGUCAACAUCCACAACUACCAUGACAACAACCCCUACUGUUGGCUCGUGUGGCGACCCAGCCUGGGAGCUUUCUACGUCCCCGUGGCUUUCAUCCUGCUGGUCACCUGGAUUUACUUCCUCUGCGCCGGCCUCAGCCUCCAGUGCCGACCUACACGCCGGAAAGACGUUCCAGAGCCGCUGGAGCCACCGCCACGGCUGGGGGCAACCGGCGACCUCCUGACAGACUCCGGGUCCAUCUCGGUGACGCUGAACUCGGGGCCGCCCUGCCCCGAGGGGGAUGGUGUCUACUCCCUGCGGGUGCAGUUCUGGGUGCUGGUGACCACCCAUGCCCU